ACAAUGUUCUUGUAGCAAAUAAUAUGAAUUUGGCACCUAGUAGAAAACAAGUAAAAAUGAGAAGCACCACAUAUAGAAAUAACAUUAGACAAGAUAUGUGUUUCUCUAUAGAUUACAAGAUCCCUAAAUUGCAUGGAGAACUAAAAGGUUUAAGAGAAAUUUUAAAGGAAAGAAAUUUGUGGUGUGAUGGAAUGAAGUUGAAGUAUAAAGGUGAAUGUAAAGAAGAAA